AUGGAUCCGUUCCAAUACACACUUUCCGACAAUGGCACCGUGGCAGGUGUACAGAAUGUCCCAUCGCCAACAUCCCCCCUUGCCCAUCGCCCUCUGAUCAUCGCAAUGCAUGGAGGAUGCUAUGAUCACCAAUAUUUUGAUGCCACUCCGAAUCUCUCUGCCUCCGUGGCAAGCAACGCCUUUGGUGUUCCCUUCGUAUCCAUCGAUCGUCCAUCAUACGGCGGGACAAGCUCGAUCUUGCCUAUUCCCAAUGGCACCAACUUUUUCGAGCGCUCCGCUCAAGUGCUGCAUCAACAAAUACUUCCAGAACUUUGGAAGAGGGUCGGUGAACCCAGCAAUUGCAAUUGUAUUGUCUUGCUGUGUCAUAGCCUAGGAGUGAUGCCGGGGAUUAUCACCGCGGCUUUGCACGCAAAGGAUGAGAAAUCGCCAUACCCGCUCGGGGGAUUGAUCGCAAGUGGUAUGGGUGACAAGCAAUCUCCAGCAAUGAAAGACAGUGCACCUUCUUUCAACUUCGUUGACGAGGAUCACGCACUUUUCCCCCUGGAAGCAAAGGGCGCAGUCAUGUUCAAGCCCGGGACCUUUGACCUCGAGAUCUUGAAGCAUAGCGAGCGUCUUAAUGCGGCGUAUCCGUACUCGGAGGUUGGCCAAUUUGCGGCCGCUUGGCUUCCUUUUUGGAAAGAGAAAUGGGCGGCGCAUGUAAAAGUACCUGUGAUGUUUGCUCUCGUUGAAGAUGAUCCAUUCUUCGUUGCUACACAGCAGGAAGUUGAUACAUGUGUCAAGGCAUUCACGAGUAGUGUGCGUGUUGAUGGCAGUCUGUUGAGAGGCGCUCCUCACUGUGUUGAGCUGAGUCAUUGGUCGCAGGGGUGGUACGCUCGAUGUUUUGGCUUUGCAAUGGAGUGCGCUGCCAGUUUUGAUAUCUGA